AUGACCGCUGAGAACCCCGAACCAGCAGAAUACGCCUUGUUCCACGGGUUGUUCGCCGAUUCCGAGAAGCAUUUUCUGGAGCUUCGGCAUUCUAUCGUCGAGCUAUCCCAAUAUCCAGAAUGCAUAUCGUCCACGGUUGACCUUGGCGACCCUCCGGAAGUACAGCCACUCGUGAUACCAGAACCGUUGUUCCCCUCCGAGACAGAUCACCACAACACUGCCGCCGAGAAGGUCCUCGCAGAUGCCAUGGAAGUCCAUAACCAACAAGAAGUCUUCAAACUAGCCCUCGAAUCGACCUUUUCCGGCAUUCGCUUCUCUCGCGCGGUUCGCAAGCUCGAUGUCCCGUUGUUGAAGAGCGACCCGAGACAUGACUUAAAGGCCCUGGCCCGUGAUAUGGCGGAAACCAGGCUUCACGACUUCUUCUGCAAGCCGAGUACAUUGCCCUUUGAGCCUGUGGACGACCAGAAAGAUGAGGGCCUGGGGCUUCCCUCCUCGGCUAUGCACUUCCAUGGUCAACUCAUACGGGGUGUCGAGCCCGACGAGCUGGAAUUUUCCGAAGAGGACAUACUCUACGUCGCUGAGUCGCUGUACGAUGACUGGGCCGACAAGGAUCUCGAGAGAUUGGUCGACGAGGAGGUCGGUUGCACCAUUAAACGGGUUCGAGUCAUGACUCCUCCUUUGAUCGCUCCCACCCUUAACGACUCUGACGAGGAAGAAGUCUUCAUACCAAGUGCCGAAGUCUGCGAAAUCGACCCUCUUUCUUCACCUUCAAGUUUCCUCAGCGAAGACCUCGAGCAAGCCCGUAACCAGCUUCAUGACGAGAAUGAUGACGAUCAAGUCCCAGAGGCAUCCACGUCCGACAUUAUCGGCGUUCAUUCCGACACACCGAGCUUCGAGAUCUUCACACUUGAACAUCCAAGGAAGAAUUUGAUCAUGGAGGUACCGAUCUUGCCGAUGUCGGACGAUGAAAUAUCAAGGAGCCAAGAGGAAGAAGCCUUUCAGGGCCUGAUCGAGAGCGUCUCAGGGCUCCCAGGCUUCAACCCCGUUGAUCCUGACAGAGAGAUUCCGAUUGAUGAAGGCGAAUCCAGUUUUGACGAACAGUUCAACCUUCUCAUCAGGGAUAAGGCGAACGACAUGACCAACAAGCUGGAGCAGGAGCAGAUCGAGGUCAUCGACGCCAUCGCCAGAAUGCGACCCCCGAUUCUCGAUUUCAGCACACCAACGCCAGACUGGCAAGGGAUGACGCAAGACGCGUCCACCAUGUUCGCGUGGAUCCGACGCAAGCAUGGGCAUCAGUACAAAUCGCCCCGGUGGCCGAGGAACCCACAGGAGCAGAGAGACCUCCGAUGGAUACCCUUUCCGGUGUCCCUAGCCAAUGCCAAUGUACGAGAGUCUGUGGGGGACACCCGCGUAUUUCAAGAGCUAUUGGGGAGCAGUUGCUCCUCGGCGCUUCCAACCAGUGCCGACUACGUUCACCAUAGACGUCGACUCAAGGCUCUUGCUGAAAAUGACGACGAGGAGUUGCCGCUUCCUUGUGAAGAUGACCACCAACACCAACAACUCAGUCUACUCGGGUCAGAAGACGAUUUUAUGGAUCUGAUCAGGAAACGAAAAACGGCGCAUGUCGAUGAAGGAGAACCCUCGAGCCUAAUAUCUCCGACUGAAGGGGUAAAGUCCCGACGAUUGGCCAAGCAGAUGAACACGACGAAGAUCCUGGGAGACGGCCUAUUGCUCGGCGAGAACGACGCCAACGCAACUGAACGGCUGCUGUCCAACUACAUGGACUUGCGCACAGUAAAGCGACACAAGCCAUCGUUGGCGUCACUAACGAAUACUUCUAGAACCUCGUGCCAACUCAUGUCAAAACAGACACCGCCAAAUACACAGAAACCCCAGGCACACCAGCCAGAAAGACGCAUCGUCCUUGCCGACGCUCCAUGCCCGCCCGUCGACAGCUUGCAAGAACCCCCUCGCAUCGUCAUCUCCGUCUACCUCCCGCGCUGCAUCAUCUCAGCCAUCCAAGCCAAGAUCCCAGGCAUAGAUCUUGUGGACCGUGACUUCACAAGGCACAAUACCUGGGCCUGGUCCCCGGGCAGCACUAGGCGCGUCGAAGUCGACUCCCCGCUUUCGUACGAGGCUGACAUUAUCCCGUCCCCGGCGACGGGCAUCAUCAUCACCACUAUCCUCAAGAUCCGACAGAAGCCGCUGCCAGGCUCCAAAGUGCAGUUCUCUCAGAUCCGCCAUCGCCUUGUGAACGUCGCGCCACUCUACGAGCGGCUCAUCGUCCUCGUCUCGGAGGGGAAUCUCGCGGGGGAGUACGCCAGCCCCCUGAACGGAGCCGACGCCGAGGCUUACGCUUCUUUUGUCGCUUUCGCAUCCUCUCUUGGCAGCCGUGGAAGCUGCAGUAUCAGAGCUUUAUACGUGGCCGGCGGAAACCAGACGCUUGCCAGCUGGACGUGCGCCCUCAUCGCCACCCAUGUCAAGGAGGCGGCCUCCAACGUGCAGCAGAUCCUUAUGCCUGAAGAGACGGAAUGGGAGGUGUUCCUCAGACGUGCCGGCCUCAACAUGUACGCCGCCCAGGUCGCACUCGCCGUCGUCAAGGGCAUGUAUCCAGAAGACGGCCAAGACCGAACGCUCGUGCGGUUCCUGGGAAUGGGCCCUGCCGAGAGGGCGGACAUGCUGCAGGAAUUCCUCGGCGGACGGGAUCUCGCCGACAGAGUCAGUGCGCGUCUAGGCUAG